GUAGUAACCUGGCCGGGCCCUCCUACUACCGCCGCCGACAGUGCUGGGGACUUUUGAGGGAGUUGGGAGACUGGUUUUCGUGACGGAAAUCCAAGUCCAUCGGUGGAUUUAGACGGACUUGACAACGGUUUACUGAGGAAGAGAGCCGCUCUGAUAGAGCCAGGAUGUUGAAUAUGUGGAAAGUCAGAGAGUUGGUGGAUAAAGCCACCAAUGUCGUGAUGAACUACUCAGAGAUCGAGUCCAAGGUUCGAGAAGCCACCAACGAUGACCCCUGGGGCCCUUCGGGGCAGCUGAUGGGGGAGAUCGCCAAGUCCACCUUCAUGUACGAGCAGUUCCCCGAGGUGAUGAACAUGCUGUGGUCACGCAUGCUGAAGGACAACAAGAAGAACUGGAGGAGAGUUUAUAAGUCCCUGCUGCUGCUGGCGUACCUCAUCAGGAACGGGUCGGAGAGAGUCGUCACCAGCGCCAGAGAACACAUCUACGACCUGCGCUCCAUCGAGAGCUAUCACUGUAUCGGCAAGUACGGGAAGGACCAGGGCAUCAACGUGCGGCAGAAGGUGAAGGAGAUGGUGGAGUUCGUGCAGGACGACGACCGGCUGAGGGAGGAGAGGAAGAAGGCCAAGAAGAACAGGGACAAAUACAUCGGGGUGUCCUCCGACAGCAUGGGCGGGUUCAGAUACACGGGGGAACGGUACGACUCGGACCCCAAGUCCAAGUGGGACGAGGACUGGGACCGGGGCAAGGGCGCCUUCCCCUUCAGCGAGAAGCUGGGCGAGAUCAGCGACAAGAUCGGCAGCACCAUCGAUGACACCAUCAGCAAGUUCCGCAAGAAGGAGCGGGACGACUCGCCCGACAGGGGCAGCGACAACGAGGAGGACCGCGAGCGGGGCACCCGGAACGGCCGGCCGGCCAAGUCCGAGUUCCGGGACGAGGAGGAGACGGUGACGACCAAGAGCGUGCAGAUCGUGCAGGCCUCGGAAACCACGGCGACGCGCAAGCGGGGCGCCGUCCCGUCCCGAACCGUGGACCUGGGCGCGGCCGCACACUACACCGGGGACGGGCCCAGCCCCAGCUCCGGGGCCAGCGCGGCCCAGACGACGGAGGCGGGGGUCAGCCAGGGGUCCGGCGGCGGGGGUCUGGCUGACCUGCUGAUGGUGGACUCUGCGCCCAGUCAGCCAGCGCCCACAGGGGCAGGUCCAGACCUGAUUGGUGGAUUUGCAGAUUUCUCCUCUCCUGCAGCCUCCGCUACUUUGCCUUCAGGUACAGCAGCCGGUGAGACCGGCGAUUUCGGGGAGUGGAACGCGUUCCCCGACGGCGCGCCGGCCGCCCCCGCCGCGGCCCCCCCCCUCGCCCCCGCCGGGCCCGACCUCUUCGCCAGCAUGCAGACCACCGUCACCCAGACGACCUCCUUGCCCUCCGCUGACCUCCUGGACCUGAUGGGCCCGUCCCAGCCCACCCUCAGCUCCUCCCAAAGCUUGACCUUCUCUGCUCUCGGGGACCCCCUGAUGGCCCAGCAGGUGGGGGUACAGAAAUCGGGGGGGAAGGCCGCCCUGCCCUCCACGUGGUCGGACCCCAGCGUCAACAUCAGCCUGGACUUCCUGUCCCCGGGCAUGCAGCCCCCAAAACCCUCUCAGCCCACCCUCAGCAUGAUGCAGCAAGGUGUCCAAGUUCCUGUUACCAUGGUGGCCCAGAGCUUUGCAGGGAUGAACCUCAGUAUGCAGCCAACGGCGAACCCCGUCCGGCCGCCCUCCAAUCCCAUCAUGCCUGGUGGCGCCAUGACGAUGGGGAUGAUGCCCAACAUGGGAAUGGGCACGAUGGGCAUGGCGCCCAGCGCGGGCAUGCCAGCCAAUCAGGGAAUGAUGGGAUUGAACAUGAACAUGGGCAUGGGUACGGCCGGGAUGGGCGUGGGGAUGUCUGGCAUGGGCAUGGGUGCGGGCAUCGCCUCCGGCAUGGCACAGCCCAAACAAGAUGCCUUUGCCAAUUUUGCCAACUUUGGCAAAUGAUGCAGGACACGGGGUGGGAUGGGGUGGGGUGGGGUGUGGGGAGUGUGGGGGUUUGGGGGUGGUCUCAGAGAAGCUAUGAAACAGAGUGUAUGACCAUGAAGGAUUCUGCAUACGGAAGCGUACCUGAGAAAUCUCACACACACCGACAGGCCUCUGUCUGUUUUAUAUGUGCAGAUAUACAUGAAUGUGUGUAUAUUACCAGUGGCAGAAACCAAGGACCUGUGAGGGGGGGUGGGGGUGGGGGGUUGGGGAGGGGGGGGGGGGUUUGUAUGGGGCAGAAGUCUCCCGCACAUUAAACCACAGAGCUGUCAGUUCUUCCUCCAUUACAGAAAUGUGUGUGAAAUGGCGGUGGAGGUUUGGGGGUGAUCACUCCAAAAAAUCUUGCAGAAUUGCAAAAAAAAAAAAAAAAGAAGACGCCCCCCCUCCCCCCCCCCCAGCCUCUCGGCUCCUCUCCCUGUUUUUAACCUUAAAAUGCCAUUCCGAACGUCACCGCCUGUCCUUGCUCACGAUACGAAUCCGGGUUGUCAGUUUGUAAAUAGUCCUGGGGUGUGCAGACAGAUACAUUUAGCAUUAUACUUUCUGCCUGGUGUAAUGGUCAAACUGAAACGACAAAAAAAAUUAUUUACUUUUUUUAUUUUAUUUUAUUUUUCCGCCAUUUGAGUGACAGCUGUGGCACAGCACCAAUCUGUAAUUUUGCCGUGUAUAAUCAAAAUAGUCUUUAUACUUUCAGAUUGAAGUCCUGCUCUCAGCAGGUUGUUAAUAUUAGAAGUAACAUUGAAAGGAGUGAGUGAGUGAGUGGGACUGGAUGGCUGCUCUGUUUUAAGUAGGGGCGACCACAGUGGCCUUUUUCAAGGGUUUAUUUUUUUAAAUGAAAAAAAAAAACAAUCAGUUUUGCAUCCAAAUAUGAUUACCUGUAGAGAUAGAAGGGUCUUUCGAUGGGGGGGGGGGAGGGGGGGGCAGUGUUAUGAUAGCAGCAAAGGGUGCCUGUCGAAAAAUCGGUUGCCUUUUUCUUUACAAAAUGAUCUUAUAAUAAAGAGAUGAGCAACAAUGCUGCAGUAUUCAUUAAAGACUGCGUGAGACAGAACCAAUGAAGUGUGUGUGUGUGUGUGUGUGUGUCUGUGAAUGCAGAGUGUUAAACGAGCUCACCCACACGCAUUAACACUUUACUCAUGUGUUUGUUUUCGGCUGCUGUUGGGUGGAUAUUAUGAGCAUUUUCAGCCACUCUCUUGUCAGAAUGAAGUUAAGUACACUUUGUUUAACCCAACAAACCGCGCGGAGUGGGGCCAGCUUUAACCCAAUGAACUGUGUGGAGUUGGGCCAUUUUUAACCCAGCGAGCCAGCAUGAAGAGGGGCUGGCUUUGACCCAACGAACCGUGUGAAGAGAGACUGACUUAAACCCAACGAGCCAGUGCCCAGAUGGGCCGGCUUUGACCCAACGAGUCAUGUGAAGUGGGGCCAGCUUUAACCCAACGAGCUGGUGUCCAGAUGGGCCGGCUUUGACCCAACGAGUCGUGUGAGGAGUUGGGCGUGACCUGGCGACCCGCAGUGGGAAAAGGGCUGGGUGAAAAGGUGGAGCAGCGGCCCGGAGUACUCACCGCCCCCCCCCCCCCGGCCCCAUCACAGUGGAGGUGCAGUGCACACCCGCAUACGCACAGACGCACGCUGCUGCGCCAGGACUGCAAGCAGCUCUGCCUUCAGACACAAGCUGUGGCCCCCAGAGGCAUGACGUCUACAUUAUAAAUUACCAAAUUUUAUUUUAUUAUAUUUUUUAAAAAGUUAUCGAUCCAGAGUGGGUAGUUUUUUAAAAUCCUAUACGAUGAAGUCCUUUGUGUGUUCUGUGGGGACGGGUGGAAGACUAACAACAUUAGUUUAUACCAGUGUGGGGGUAAGACCCGGAAACCAAGGCCACCAUUUGCCUAAUAAAUUUUAAAAAAGAACAUUCUUUCAAUCCAUAAGCUCUGUUUUGAUUGUACUCAUAUUGAUCUUUUAUGUAUAUCAUUAAACCGUUAAUUAAAA